AUGGGAAAAAUUUGUGAAUUAAUAAAAAAAACCGAUAAUCCUGAUGCCAAAAAAUAUGUUGAAUAUUUAAUUAAAGCAGAUCAAACCGAUCUUUUAAAUCAUGAAGGAUUAAAUGAAGAAAAUAUUUUUGAUGUCAUUAAACAAAUCAAAGAAUUUGAAAAAGAAUAUCCUGGUGGAUUAAUUAAAUAUGUAGAAAAAGCAAAAAUGCUUUUUAAAAAAUCACAAAAUGAAACUGAUCAAUAUUCAAAUUAUAUAAUAGAACACCCAGAUAAUAUAGUAAAAAUAAAUUUUCAUUUAAAAGAAUUAUUAUCUCAAGGUAAUGUAGAUAAUAAAGUAUCAGAUAUAUGUUCUCCUAAAAAGUAUGAAAAAAAUAUUAAGGAAUUUGAAUUGUCUCAUUUUAAUAAUAAUGGGCAUGUUGUUGAUAUAAAAAACAAAUUUAAAUAUUUGGAUAAAAAUGCAACAUUGCCAAUAAAUAUAUCAUUAUUAGAAAAUAAUAAAAUUUAUGAUACAAUUAAUGAAAAGAAAUGUAUAUUAAAUGCUACAUUUGAUUUCGAUGGGAGUAAUAUUAAAAAGGGAAAGAAACAUUAUAAAGAGUUUAAAGAGAUGGGCCUCAAAAAAUGCAAGACAGAAUGUAAAAAUAAUGAAGUAGAGGAAGAUAAUAUAGAAUCGAAUAUUUCAUCUAUUGAAAAAUAUCUUUAUUAUGAAAAAAUAGGAUUGGAAUAUAUUGAUAAAGUUUGUUUUAUUUUAUUAGCAGGAGGACUAGGAGAAAGGUUAAAUUAUAAUGAUAUAAAAUUAAAAUUAUUAACUAGUAUAAUAUCCGAAAAAAGCUAUAUUGAAUAUUAUUGUAACUAUUUAAAAAGUUUUCAAGACUUUAUUAAAAAAAAUAAAAAUAAAGAAAUAGAUAUACCUUUUAUAAUUAUGUUAUCUGAUGAUACUUAUGAAAGUGCAAUCAAAUUUUUAGAAGAAAAUAAUUACUUUUCUUUAAAAAAAAACCAAAUAUAUUUAUUAAAACAAAGAAAUGUUUUAUGCUUUAAAAAUAAUAAAUCUCAUUUAGAUUAUGUUUAUAAAAAUAAUACUUUUUAUCUGUCUAAAAAACCUCAUGGGCAUGGAGAUAUACAUACAUUAAUUAAAAAGCAUAUACAACUCGAUGAUUUCAUUCAAAAGGGAUAUAAAUAUUUAUAUUUUUUUCAGGAUACAAAUGCUUUAGCAAUGAAGGUUUUAUUUGCUUUUUUAGGUGUAUCUAUAGAGAAGCAAUUGCAUAUGAACUUUUUAGCUAUAUCGCGAAAGCCUGGUGAAGAAAUAGGAACAAUCUGUAAAUUAACAAACAGUGGAAAAACAAUAGAUGUUGUAAAUAUAGAAUAUAAUAUUUUUGAAACAAUAUUAAAAAAUUUAUCAAAAACAGAUGUUGUUGAUAAAGAUGGAUGUUCAUUAUACUCUGGUAAUACUAAUUCCUUGAUAUUUGAAAUAGGGAAAUAUAAUGAAAUAUUAAAAAAAACAAAUGGAAUAGUACCAGAACAUAUCAAUCCAAAAUAUUCGGAUGAUACUAAACAGAAUUUUGUAAGUCCAGCAAGAAUUGAAUGUAUGAUGCAAGAUUUUGUAUAUUUAUAUUUUACUAAAAAUUCGAACCAGACAGAAGGGAACGACAAGAUACAAGAAAAGAAUGAAGAUGAAAAAAAAAAUAAAAAUGAAUAUGAAAACGAAUACAAUAAUAAAGUAGGUGUCACUGAGUUAAACCGAAUUUUAUGUUUUUCAUCAGUAAAAAAUAACCGAAUUAUUGCAAAAAAAAAAAUUCAAAAAAAUAUACACCCAGAAUGUAUAUAUAGUGCAGAAGCAGAUUUAUAUUAUAGCAAUUGUGCUUUUAUAGAAUUAGCAUGUAUAUAUAAUAAAAAAAAAACAAAUUUAGAAAAAAUGGAUAUUCAAUUUAUGAAUGGAACCCCAUAUAUUAUGCCACCUAAAGUGUUGAUUGAGCCACAAUUUGCUUUUACAUUAACUCAGCUAAUAAACAAAAUAAAAGGUAACAUAAGCAUAAAGAAUAAUUCUACUUUAUGGAUAAAAUCCGAUGCUAUUAUUACAAAUUUAUAUUUAGAUGGUGCAUCAAUUAUUGAAAAUACAAACAAAGAACCAAAUAAUACUCCUAUUAUAUUGGAAGAAAAUUUGUUUAUAAAAAAUCAAGGAUUUCAAAUAGUAGAACAUUUUGAAAAUUCCAAAAAUAUUUUUAACAAUUCAGAUAUAAGAGAUUAUAAAUUAGUGAAAAGGGCUGUUCUUAUGAUAAGCAAUUGA